AUGUUUAUAGCUUCUGGUGGCGCAGGGAUGCAAAAGUAUUGUGCUUGGAAAACUGGUAUGGAAAACAAAGGUUUACGAGUUAACAUGACAAAAACAAAAAUUAUGACUAGUGGUAAAGGCCAAGGACCAGUAUUUACAUCAGAAAACCAAGCACCAAAGAAAGUUAACCUCGGGAAUGAGAACUAUGAAGUGGUCGAUCAGUUCUGCUACCUAGGUGAUGUGUUGAAUGCAGGCGAUGGAGCAGAGAUGAAAGGGAAGCUCUAUGCAGCUUGUGUCAGAAGUGCCAUGCUUUUUGGCUGUGAAACUUGGCCUGCGAGAGCUGAUGACAUAAGUAGACUUGAAAGAACAGAAAUGCAAAUAGUUAAAUGGAUAUGUGGUGUAAACCUUCGUGAAAGAAAAUCUGAGGAACUAAGAGAUAGGCUUGGCAUUGAAGGUAUAUCCAAUAUCAUGCAACAAUGCACACAGAAAACUAGACCAGGUACCAGUUACCAGGUAUCACUGGUAAAGGGCGGCCAAAGAAGACCUGGUAACAAGUAA